ACAUUGAUGGUUAGUGACAGCUAUGGUUACUAUUGUCGUCAUGUAAAUGGAUGAAAGAAAUAAAGUGGCAAUUUUGAUGAAGAAACACGUCAUCAUGGAGGACAUAAAGUUGAAGUUCUUAGGAUUUAUUCAGUAUAAGCAGAAUCAGACUAAAAUUCCAUCGAUGGGACUGCAUCCAGAUCUGCUUAAUCCAAACGAAUCUCAAAGCUGUCCUGAUAUAACAUCGGAAGCUAGUCAUUCCAUAGAAAGCGAGCUGUUACCUGAUCAAGAUAUUCUGGAAUCUAUUGAACCUGUGUAUUACAGAACAGACGAAUGUUUCGAUUGUUGUCGUCACGAGUUACAAAAAUUACCUGAAGUUCUAAGCUCCAAAGUGAUCGAAAGAGAUUAUAAAAGGCUUAAACAAGAGCACCAAGUAGUUUCCAAGAAGGUGUUGCAACUUAUUCUGCAGAAGCAAAGUUCCUGCAAAAAAGAAUUUGAGAGGAUCUUGUAUAUUCAAGAAGAGCUGCAGAAUGCUCUAGAGAUCUGCAAAAUUGGCCGAGCCGAUUUGAGCCUGGCCAAAAAACAAUUCACCACAGCCAGUCUUGGUAUUUUGGCAAACUACCAGAAGAAACAAGUCGUUCAAGGGCUUUUGAACAGUUUGAACACCAUUAAAACUUUGCAACGAACAGAGGAUCGUCUCCAGGAAUUGUUGAGCGAAGGAAAUUAUCCUCGCGCAAUAUCACUUCUUUUGGAAUGUCAGAGUGCUGCAGAAAGAUACAAACAUUUUCACUGCGUUGCAGCUUUAAAUGGAAAGUUGCAAGAUACCCUAGACCAAGCUGAAGAGAUAUUGGACCAAACUUUAGCAAAAAUGUGCUCAGAUUUUGAUAUUGGGACUUAUACAUCGGUGCAAGGAGCUUAUGGACUUUUAGGAAAAACACAGAUGGCAAUGGACCAACUUCACAUGCACUUCACAGCAGCCAUUCAUAACAUUGCUUUUACGGCCGUGCAUGCUUUUGUCGGUGGCGCUAUGAAGAAGCAAUAUAAACAGCUGUGUCAGUCUGUGUCACACGAGUUUUUUUUACCAUGUUUAGUUGAACUCUGCAAAUCUCUGUGGAGUAUAUUAAGCUCCUAUUGUCAAGUUGUCAAUUGGCACAACACACAUGAAAGUUGGUCUUUGCAAAGCGGUCAAAAAAACUUGGAAGCUACUUUUAAUAAACAGUACAUCAAGCAAAAAUUGGAAAACGGAUUAGCUCGUAUGUGGCACGAUGUUGAAAUCAAGAUUUCAACUUAUUUGAUGGGUGCCAAUUUGGCCUUUUUUAAGUUUGAACAAUUUGUACAAAUCUUAGGUAUCGUUCACAGAUUGAUAGAAGUUGGGGAAGAACUGUGUGCAAGCCAAUCUAAGAAUCUCCAGGAAUCUAUCAAAAAACAGUGUUCCUCUUAUUUUGCCCAUUAUCAUGCAUCUCGAUUAGAUGAACUAAAGAUAUUUUUAGAAAACGACGGAUGGGAAUUGUGUCCAGUAAAGACUUCAUUUGUAGUUACACAAUUACAAGAGUUUAAAAGCCUUAAAACGGUUCUGAAUAGUUGUAAGCCUCGAUGUGGUCCUGAUGAAUCAAACCUCAGCCAAGAUGGUAGUUCUGCAAUCGGAGGACUCGUGCAAAGAUAUUUGGAAAAUGGUAUGACGCCAUUCGAUGUUAUCUUGGAUGAGACUGCCGAUGAAGACAUCCUAGCCAAUAUUGGAGAUGCACCUUCUGGAUAUUUUUCAGAAGAUUCAGACGACGAUAUUCCAGAGGAACUGAAAUGUGAAUUUGUGGAUGAACAUGAUCAAACGAAAUUGGGGAAAAAAAAGCACCGAACCAAAUUCACUGGGCCUAUGGUAACAAAUACAACUUUGAGUGUGCUCAGAGUUUGUGGAAAAUAUCUGCAAAUGUCGAGAUUAUUUAGAUCCAUAGCUGUUACAGUAAUUCAAAAUAUGAUGCAGUUUUACGAACUGUGUCUUUAUACCGUUCACAACUUUUUUACGUCUGACUUGGAAAUAAAUAGCGAAUCUUUGUACACCCCAAAAUUGAAAUUAACUUUGGCUCGAAUACGAACAACUCUGAUAAGUGACGACCUCAACUUCACCGAAAAUGAGAGUCAAUCUCACAGAGUAACACAACCGAAUCUCUCUUCCAUCGUUAACUUGACACAGCCAGAAAAAGUUCACGGUUUGACUAAAAGAGUCAUAGCAGUUGAAUCUUUGAUAUUUUUGGGACAGCAGUACGAAAUUUUGAGGCCUUAUUUGGAACAUUUGGUAGCAUCUCCCUGCCAUGCAUUUCUGCAUCAGUUCUAUUCACAAACAAUUGCAUCAGCUAUAGAUCUGAGAAAACCAGUUUACAUGGCUGCUGCUUCUCAAGCCUUUGAUGUAGGCAGCAUAUUAGGACUGAUGGGAAAAGUCAACUGGGAAGUAAAGGAUGUCAUGUCACAACACAGUAGUUACAUUGAUAAUUUGUUACGGGAUAUUCAAAUUUUGAGUAUGAGGCUCGACGAAAUUGGUAAUAGGAUACCAUUACCAACCAUUGUGUAUAAUUCAGUGUGGGAAAAUGUUUCACAUUUGAUCACACAUACAUUAGUUGAAGGAUUCUCAAAUGCAAAGAAGUGUUCAAAUGGAGGUAGAGCUCUGAUGCAGUUAGACUUCACUCAAUUAAUGUCUAAGUUUGAAAAAAUGACUUCUCUGCGCCCAAUGCCACACAGAGAAUAUGUGGAGGCAUAUGUCAAAGCAUAUUAUUUACCGGAAAAUAUCUUGGAAGACUGGAUAAAACAGCAUAAGGAAUAUUCAUCAAAACAUUUGAUUGGCUUAAUAUCAUGUGGCUGCCAGAAUAACAAAAAAACACGUCAGCGAUUAAUAGCAACAAUUGAAGAGGAACGGCUAAACAGAUAACAAUAAAUUUGAUAAUUUGUGAAGUCGUAUGGGAAGGAUGUGAAUGACAGAUUUUCAGAAAGGUGCGAAACUAGCUGGAGGUACUGAUCUCGCUAUUGCAAUGAUCUUGCUUUUAUCGUAGCCAUUAUUUAUCGUAAUAUUUAAUGUUAACUGAAUACAUCUUGGGUGUAUUUUCUCUAGUGAAUUAGAUAGCCAACUUUCUAGAACUUUACUGAAUAUAUUCGGUGAAUCAGAGCACAUUAUUUGUUUAGACUAUUCACAUAAUUUGUCAAUAAUAUGUUAUGAAUCUCUAAUGCUAUGUUUUUUAAUCAUAGGUUUGUCUCUUUUUUUAAUUCCAACUUUCUUCCAAAUAUAUAAUCAAUACAAAUAGAUUUAUCACUACGCAGGACCUCCUUGCACAGAACGUGCUGUCAAGUCUCUCUGAGUCAAUGGUGACUUUUGUAUAAACUUUGUUUCAUGCAAUUAUGUUGAAAUAUAAAUAUUUGUUAAAAUA